CCAUGGCACCCUCGACUGCAGCACUGGCCGUGGUCGCGCUCCUAGCUCUCUCCGCCUCUGCGAGCGACUCUCACCCGUCCCACAGGUGGAAGCGGCUGUCGGACCAGCGGCUGGCGGAGCUGGAGACUCUGGUGGCGCUGGAGGCGAUGGGCCACACCGUGCCCGUGGGCGCGGGCGUUGUGGACCCCAGGGCCGUUGGUCGCAAACGUUCUGAUUGGGAUGACACUUGGCGACCGCAAGGCGAAGCAGACGUGCCGCUGGCUCUGUACGGUGGAACCCAAGGAGUGUGGCCGGCGCAGCAGUAACUGCAAGACGAGCCGAGACACUGGCCGCACAAAACGGUAUACUACGACAAAGAAUGCCCAGAAAGUUCCCAGCGAAAUGAUCAGCCGACCAAAGAGAUUCCAGCUCCACCACUUCCGUAAUGAAGAUGGCUUCGCACACUGCGAUUACUGCAAGACUCAGCCUCAAACAUCGAUACUAAUGUUCGGAGCUUCUAUGCUUCAC